GCGGCUUGCAGAUAACUCCCGGCCUAUCGCUCUUCAAUCGCACCCACCACUUCUGUAAUUUGAUUGCAAAAUGUCGAAGAAGUCUGUCUUGAUCACCGGCUGUAGCAACGAGGGCAUCGGCUACGGCCUGGCCGUGCAGUUCCAGCGCCGCGGAUUUCGGGUGAUGGCGACCGCGCGCAGCCUCUCCAAGAUGUCGAACCUGGAGGGUCUGACUGAUGUCACCUUCCUGGAGCUUGACAUCUGUGACCAGACGCACAUCAAAGCGGCCGUUGACAGAGUGACCCAGGAGACGGGCGGUAAGCUCGACUAUCUCGUUAACAACGCUGGCAUCAACCACUUCAUGCCUCUACUGGACGAGGACAUCCCAACAGCCAAGCGAGUCUUCGAGACCAACGUCUGGGGCCAGCUCGCCGUCACCCAGGCGUUCGCACCACUGCUGAUCCAAGCCCGCGGCGCGGUGGUCUUUAUCACGUCCAUUGCUGGACAUGUCAAUGUGCCCUACAUGGGAACCUACGCCGCAUCCAAGCGAUCGCUCGAGAUCAUGGCGGAGACGCUGCGCCUGGAGCUGGCGCCAUUCCAUGUGCGCGUCCUGUCCAUUGUCACGGGCGGAGUACAGACACUGGGCCAGUCGCAUUUCGACGACUUCGCACUGCCGGAGGGGUCCAUUUACAAGCCUGUAGAGGAUACCAUUGCGAAAAGAGCGCGUGGGGACGAUGGAAAGCAGAGAUCGGACGUGCUGCAGCACGCUGAGCAGGUCGUCACGGCAAUUGUCGCGGGAACGGCGGGCAAGGUCUGGUGUGGCGAAGGUGCGGGCGCUACCAAGUUCGCUUCAACGUAUUUGCCUACCUCCUGGAUGGAUGCUGGGGUCUCGAAAGGGACUGGGCUGGAUUACUUGAGCAAUGAGUAUGGGAAGUAGGUAUGGAGGGCGGGGAGAACGGAGAACGGAGAACGCAGUAUGUUGUAAUACGAAAGUAAGAAGUACAUAGAAGUGGAUACACAAAUGCAAAGCGCUGAUACAGAUGGUCAUUCUGUGGUUGGUCGAGCUGUGGAAAAGGUACUGUACCUUGAUACGGGUUCAGGGCUCUCAGCCGUCUCAUCAGCAACAAGAGCCGCACAUUCUGCUCGCCAGAUUCCAAUUACGUGGGAAAUCAAGCCAGCGACGAGUCGCGGGCUCCCUCCAAGAAUACCACCGCGGCCAGGAUGUAG